AUGUCUACACCGACAGAGAAGAAAAAGACCGCCAUAGUAAUAGGCGCAGGCGUCGCCGGUGUCGCGACAGCUGCCCGUCUCGCCCGCGCAGGCUUCGCUGUCACUGUCCUCGAGAAGAACGACCACACCGGCGGCCGCUGUAGUCUCCUCCACAGCAAUGGCUACCGCUUCGACCAAGGGCCCUCCCUCCUACUCCUCCCGGACAUGUUCCGCCGAACCUUCGAAGAGCUAGGAACAACCAUGGAAGCCGAAGGCGUCGAAAUCCGCAAAUGCGAGCCCAACUACCACAUCUGGUUCGGCGACGGCGUGCGCUUCAAAAUGAGCAGCGACCUCGCGACGAUGAAGCGCGAGAUCGAGGACUGGGAGGGGAAAGAAGGCUACCUGCGCUAUCUGGACUUCAUGAAGGAAAGCCACAAGCACUACGAAGUCAGCGUAACGGAAGUCCUGCUCCGCAACUUCACAUCCCUGUGGUGCAUGUUCCGGUGGUCGUUCCUGCAACACCUGCUCGCCUUGCAUCCGUUCGAGAGUAUAUGGACACGGGCGGGGAAGUACUUCUGGACAGAGCGGUUGAGGAGGGUGUUUACGUUCGGGAGCAUGUACAUGGGGAUGUCGCCGUUUGAUGCGCCGGGGACGUAUAGUCUGCUGCAGUACACGGAGUUGGCGGAGGGGAUAUGGUAUCCGGUCGGUGGGUUUUGGAGGGUGGUGGAUGCGAUUGUGAAGAUUGGGGGGAGAGAGGGCGUGGAGUAUAGGUUGAAUACUGGGGUGCGGAGGAUACGGUUGAGUGGGGAUGGGAGUCGAGCGACGGGAGUGGAGCUGGAGACGGGGGAGGUGAUGGAGGCGGAUGUGGUGGUGAAUAAUUCGGAUCUGGUGUAUGCGUACAACGAGCUGCUGCCGGCUUCGCCGUAUGCAGAGGCGUUGAAGGAGAGGCCGGCGAGUUGUUCGAGUAUCAGUUUCUACUGGGGGUUGAGCGAGAAGGUGCCGGAGCUGGAGGCGCAUAAUAUUUUCCUCGCGGACGAGUAUAAGGAAUCGUUCGACAGCAUAUUCAAGAAACACCUCAUUCCGGACGAGCCGAGCUUCUAUGUCAACGUGCCCAGUCGAGUCGAUGCGUCUGCUGCUCCGGAUGGAAAGGAUACAGUCGUCGUUCUUGUGCCUGUUGGACACUUACUCGACAACGAAACGAAAGAAUCACGAAUACCCAACGGCACAGCAAAUGGCGAUCUCGCGACCAACGGCGACAUCAAGCACGCCUCCCCUUCUUCACAAUCAGGACUAUCACCGACCACGACACAAGACUGGCCCACCAUGAUCGCCCUCGCCCGCCGCACCAUCCUCUCCACCAUCAAAACCCGCACCGGCGCCGACCUCACACCUCUGAUCAAGACCGAACUCACCAACGACCCGACAACCUGGCGGACACGCUUUAACCUCGAUAAAGGCGCCAUCCUCGGCCUCUCGCACAGUUUCUUCAACGUGCUGUGCUUCCGGCCCACGACACGGGCACGGCGGGCAGGUGUGCUGGAUCAGUACGUGGGGGGCGGGAGUUUAGGCACGGUCGGGCAAGUGCUCGAAGAUGCUGUGAGAGGGGAGAAGAGGAGUAGCGUAGCGGGAUUGUAUAUGGUAGGCGCCUCUACGCAUCCAGGGACGGGUGUGCCGAUCUGUUUGGCUGGUGGGAAGGUGGUGGCGGAGCAGAUUCUAGGCGAUUAUGGGAUGGAGGUGCCUUGGAAGGGGGGGCAGGGGAGGGCGAGGGAUGAGCGGUUGGAUCGGGUGGAGAGGCCGGUGUGGUUGGAUAGUUGGGAGCAGUGGGUGGGGGUGUUGAUUGCUACGUUUGUGAUGGUGGUGCUGUAUGCUGCCGCUGGGCGGUGGGCUUCGUAG